GUGUUUUUUACGACUUUUCUGUUGUGAUUUCAACAUAAAGUUUAUUGCGAGAGGUCAACGAUGAACUAUUGAUGACAUGACUGAAGAUUUCCAUUAUUCAGAAGGAAAAAAAACACAACGCAGUAGAACACUGCUGCUAAAUUAUUCAUUAAUGGUUGUGUAUAUGGAGUUUUUAUUGCUUGGAACAUAUGAUGUGUCACGGCCUACAAAUUUCACUGAACCGGCAACAAGACAAAACGAUCGAACUAAAAGACGAAGAUUGGAAUUGGAUGAAGAAAGAAGACGUGCCACCGAAAAUUAUCAUCGUACCAAACGUCGUCAUAACAAUCCAAAUGCCAGUGGUCUAAUACCAAAACCGACCACAUUGGCUGAUUGCUAUCCUGGUAACUUUGAUAGUUUCACCGAAGACUACCAUAGUGAUAGUAGUACAUCAGUAUCAUCAUCGGAGAGCGACCACAGUGACAACUAUAGCGACUACAACGACGAGUGCGAGUGAAGAGAGAUGAUGAUGGAAGACAGCAACAAAUAUUAAUUUAGAUUAGUUUUAAGAG